AUGCGUGUUGAAGGAGCACGGUAUGCGGCUGAGCACUUCAUCAUCGUGUCACCAACCUGUCGUUGGGGUUGGAAAAGCUCACCGGACUCUUGGAUCUUGGAGCUGGUUCAGGAGCUAUGCAAAAUGCCCUAUGUGGAUUCCAGCAAGGUCUACUUGACCGGCGUUUCCAUGGGAGGCAUGGGCUGUUGGGAGCUGACGAUGCAGAAGCCCAAGCUCUUCGCAGCGAUCGCGCCAGUGGCAGCCUACCACAAAGCAUACUUGCGAAGCCAAAUUGCAGAGGCUUUGAGGAACACCCCGGUUUAUGCGGUGCAUUCGAAGAAGGACCAGACCUGCUCGUUGGAGAUCGAAAAGCGAUUGUAUGCGGAGAUGCAACAGGUACGAGCACCCUUAAGAGUGGAUCUAUGCGAACUGGUGCACACAGAGAUGAAUAAGGCUCACAUGAGCAGCUCCCAGUUGUACGCAGCCUGGAAGCAAGAGGCAGUAGCGGUGUCUACGUUUGGAUGGUUGAUACCAGCAAGUUGCGGUCAUUUUAUAUUUAGACUUUGCAUGUUUUUGCCAAGUAGACUUCACCUCGAAGAGAAUUGCAAAGUCAGGAAUGGAUGCUCCGCUAUCCGCAUUGCACCACUCCUGAGUGGAGUGACCCUCCAACCAGAAGAUGGGGAGGGAAAACGGGGCUGCAGCUCGAGCUUCAGAUCAGGAACAGCAUUUUCACGAUUGGGUGUAUAUACAUGCAGCUCUUUCUAA